AUGGACUCUGUGGGUGUGGCGACACUCGUUGUGUUUCUCUUGAUUGUUCAAGCAUUACCUGCGUCCUCAAUGCAAUGUCAAGCAGGCUGGACUCGUAGUGAAAUGAGUUGUUACCUUCUCGUCUCGACAUCUAAAGAAUGGAAUGAUGCAGAAAUAGACUGCAUUACUAAAGGAGGACAUCUCACAUCCAUCGCAUCAGUCAGCGAGAGCUCUGUCGUUUUAAGCUUUAGAGGAACAUCCAGCUCAGGCAGAAACGACGCAUGGAUUGGUUUGCAUGAUCAAGUUGUUGAGAAUACGUUUGUAUGGUCCGACGGCACGAGUAGCACAUACAUAAACUGGGAUCCGGCAACCAACGAACCCAAUAGCAGUGGUGAGUGUGUAAGAAUAAGAUUUGAUGGAAAAUGGAAAGAUCACAGAUGCACAGCUUCGUAUCCGCACGUAUAUGCAGCCACCUCAAUAGUUACAACAGUACCUGCAGUAACUAGCAAAUCUGUCAUCCCUACUGCAACGUCUCCUAAGGCAAUUCUUUCUACAUCUCCGACCACAGCUGAAGGCGUACUAAAUCUUUCUACAACCAGAAAUGUUGCCACGUUUUUGUCAGUUACUAUUCCAUCUACAUCAACAACAGCCUCGUUGUCAACUGCUACUGCAAGUGGCACACAAUGGCCGACCAGAGAUUCUACGUCUAGAUCACGACAUACAUCAGUACCACUUACAACUACUGACAGUACAAAGGACGUAAAAUCCAGCAAGACUUCAAGUUCAGCAACAACUUCCAGAUCAAACGUCAAACCAUCUAAAAGAAUGAUACAUUUGACCAGAGCUAUCCACCCUACCCUUCUGGCAGUUUCAACGCCAUCACAAGCUUCAACCAACAACCAACAAAUGGCGCUUGUUUCCUUCUACAUAAUCUAGUCUACAGUACGAGAGAUGUCGUACCUUUCGAAUUGACUUCUCAGUCCGUUUCUGUUUUUGUACCUCUAAAGCCAAGCCAGCGAACACAGCAGCAUCCUGGCAAAUGUUCUUCAGACGUGAUUGUAUAUUUAGGAAUGGCAGCAGGAGUCGUUGCAUUGACUUUAGUUGUGUUUCUAAUUAUAGCAGUCGGCAUACGGUUGAAUAGAGAAAGAAAAGGUUCCAACUCGACGAGAUGAAUAUACUCUACGAAUCAGUAGUUGAGCUAGAAAGAAGUGCGACACGUGAGUCAGAGAACGUCAUUUACAACAUGUAACAGAUGACAUCCUGCAUGCAAUGGCAACUACAGGGUACAAUAGUCAUUGACACUAGCCAUGUUAGUAACAUUGCUAAAAAUUAUCUUAAUUUAGAUAAAGUAAAUGUGCGUAUCGUUAUACUACAAUGACUGAUGAGACGUACCUAGCUAGUCAGUAACUGA